AUUUGUUCAUUGAUUCAUUCACAUUUGUUGCAUUUUUUCAUUCCUGUUAAGAGAGCAAAGAACGCGGAGUAUAGAGGAGAGAGAAAAGAAAACCCAUUUAUUCUAUUGCUUUCUGGUGGGGAGAAAUGGGAGGAGAGAGUGAGAAAACGAGUCUCGAAAAUCUCAGAUCAUGGGUUGUUCAACACAAGUUACGCACAGUUGGUGCUUUAUGGCUAAGUGGACUGGCUGGUUCAUUUGCCUACAACUGGUCUCAACCCAACAUGAAAACCAGCGUUAAGAUCAUUCAUGCCAGGUUGCAUGCCCAGGCUUUAACCUUGGCUGCUUUGGCUGGAGCUGCAGUCGUUGAGUAUUACGACCACAAAUCAGGAUCGAAGGCAGAUAGAUACGCAAGCCAGUUUCUUCCAAUUGAUGCUCAUCCUCAUAAAGACUGAGCAUUACUACACUGUAGUAUCUGCUUUUUGUUCUAUGGAUUUUGUUUGAAUUCUGACUGUUGCCUCAUUUUUCUCCCAUUAUGAUUUUUUUAUACUUGAAAAGGUUUACAUGGGAAAAAAAUUUUUUGUUCUUUUUAUUUUUUUCCUUUAUAUUAGGCUCUUUAGCCACCCUGAUAUGAACUGAUAAAUUUGUAGUACAACCUUGAUAUUAAUAAAUUGAAAAAGAUGCUGCUAAAAUCAGGGAACUA